ACAGGUACAUUCGCAAACUGCAGUUAUCCUAGUAAUGGUCAGAGUGCAGAUGCUUUUUUCAGUCUUCUCCAAAAUCAAAGAAGUCAAGUAGGAAAUUUAUGUUCUGAAUGUGGGAAAUGUUUCACAGAUAAAUCAUAUCUUUUUGACCAUCUGAAAUCUCAUACAGGAAAUAAAGCAUUUUCAUGUUCUGACUGUGGAAAAACUUUUACUCGAAAAUCAGAUCUUACUGAUCAUCAGAAAAUUCAUGCAGGAGAGAAAGCAUUUUCAUGUUCUGACUGUGGGAAAUAUUUUACUCGGAAAUCAUAUCUUAUUAUGCAUCAUAAAAUUCACACAGGAGAAAAAGCAUUUACAUGUUCUGACUGUGGGAAAUGUUUUACUCAGAAAUCACAUCUUAUUAUGCAUCACAAAAUUCACACAGGAGAAAAAGCAUUUUCAUGUUCUGAAUGUGGAAAAUCUUUUACUCGGAAAUCAAACCUUAUUGAUCAUGAGAAAAUUCAUACAGGAGAGAAAGCAUUUUCAUGUUCUGAAUGUGGAAAAUCUUUUACUCUGAAAUCAUAUCUUAUUAUGCAUCACAAAAUUCACACAGGAGAAAAGGCAUUUACAUGUUCUGACUGUGGGAAAUGUUUUACUCAGAAAUCAACUCUUAUUGAUCAUCAGAAAAUUCAUACAGGAAAGAAAGCAUUUUCAUGUUCUGACUGUGGGAAAUGUUUUACUCGGAAAUCGUAUCUUAUUAUGCAUCACAAAAUUCACACAGGAGAAAAAGCAUUUUCAUGUUCUGACUGUGGGAAAUGUUUUACUCGGAAAUCAUAUCUUAUUAUGCAUCACAAAAUUCACACAGGAGAAAAAGAAUUUUCAUGUUCUGAAUGUGGGAAAUGUUUUACUCGGAAAUCGUAUCUUAUUAUGCAUCACAAAAUUCACACAGGAGAAAAAGAAUUUUCAUGUUCUGAAUGUGGGAAAUGUUUUACUCGGAAAUCAUAUCUUAUUAUGCAUCACAAAAUUCACACAGGAGAAAAAGAAUUUUCAUGUUCUGAAUGUGGGAAAUGUUUUACUCGGAAAUCAAAUCUUUUUAUGCAUCACAAAAUUCACACAGGAGAAAAAGAAUUUUCAUGUUCUUACUGUGGGAAAUGUUAUACUCGGAAAUCAUCUUUUAUUAAUCAUCAGAAAAUUCAUAUAGGAGAGAAAACUUUUUCAUGUUCUGACUGACAAAUGUUUUACUUAAAAAUCGCAUCUCAUGCAUCAGAACCUGUAUACAGAAGAGAAAGCAUUCUAAUGUCCUGACUUUGGAAAAUAUUUUUCUCUAAAAUCACAUCUUCUCAAACAUGAAAUUCAUACAGAAGAGAGAGGAUUUUUAUGUAAUGAAUGUGAUAAAUGUUAUGCUUUGAAAUCAAAUCUUAUUAUCCAUCAGAAACAUAAUAUUAAAGGAAAUCAGAGCUUAA